AUGACGGUGCUGGUGCAGCCCCAGCCUGUGCCCCGCUGGCACGAGCCCUCAUCGGGAUGCUGCCAGGGUGCUCCAUCCCCAUCCGCAUCUUCAUCCCCAUCUUCACCCCCAUCCCCAUCCUCCUCCACGUCUUCAUCCUCAUCUUCAUCGUCCUCCGCAUCUUCAUCCUCAUUCUCAACCCCAUCAUCAUCUUCAUCCCCGUCUUCAUCCACACCCCCAUUCCCACCCUUCUCCUCCUCCAAGGAGGACCAGGAGAAUUCGGGAGCCCUAACAUGGGAGGUGGCUUCAUUCUCAUCCACAUCCCCAUCUUCAUCCCCAUCCCCAUUCUCAUCCUCAUCCCCAUCCUCAUCCUCAUCUUCAACCCCAUCCUCAUCUUCAUAUUCAUCCCCACCCCAUUCCCAUUGUUAUCCUCUUGACCAGGGAGGACCAGGAGAAUUCGGGAGCCCUAACAUGGGAGGUGCAGGGGAAGAUGACCCUGCUGUCAGGCCCAUGGGGGAGGAGAGCCCAGACCACCCGAGUCCAUGGGAGAGGCCUUGGGCACCCUGUGCUCCCCUUCCCAGCUCAGGAAGCUCCCAAGGGCUCAGCUCCCGCUAG